AGUUCUGGCGCACUCUGUAUAUUGAAACUGUGAGAGAAUUAUUAUUUAUUAUUAUGUUUUGACUAUUUUUUAAUAUUGUUUUCUACUGUCUUAACUAUUGUCAAUUACAGUUUUAAAGUAAACCAUAUAGGUAUGUUGAAAUUUUAAAAUUCUUGACAAUUUCAUCUAGGAUGAAACCCAUAGUUUGACAUUUUGUGUCUCAAACCUUGACCUUUAUUUCUUACAUUCUUGACUUUUGAUCAUUUACUGUCGUACUUUGUAAAAAAAUUUCAUCCAAAGACAUUGAACGUCAUAAACAAUAUGAUUAGUACCUAAAUGAACAAUAAUAAAUGAUGUUUUAAUGUAUGUAUAGGUAAUAGGUAUGGAGAAAAAACAUUGUAAAAUGUAUUUAUUAUUUAAAAUGAAAGUAAGAGUUUAUAGUUUAAUAACAAGAUACGUCGUGUAUUAUAAAAGUAAGUGGUCACUCUAGCACACUUAUUUGUUACGGUGCCUCCGAAAGGUGAACUAGUCUCUAGUGUGCAGUGUCCUAGUGUUAAAUUCGCGAUGGUUGAACAACUACCAGACCGAAUCGCCGAAAUGUUCAAGGAUAAAACAAUAUUCAUCACAGGCGGUUCUGGAUUUUUGGGAAAAGUCCUCGUCGAAAAACUCCUUCGGAGAUGCUCCGAUGUCAAAACAAUCUAUCUCUUAGUUAGAAACAAGAAAGGAAAAUCACCCAACGAACGUAUGAAUGAUAUUUUCGCAAAUAUGCUUUUUGAUACAUUGAAAAAACAAAAUCCUCAAUCGUUGAAAAAGUGUAAAGCGAUUGCUGGGGACAUUACACAAGUCAAUCUCGAGAUUUCCCCAGAAGAUCGGCAAGUGUUACGGGAGGAAAUCGAAUUUAUUUUCCAUUCAGCGGCUUCGACAAGGUUUGACGAAACGGUCCGAGUGGCCACUCGGAUGAACACAAGGGGCACUAAAUAUGUUCUUGAUUUGGCUCAUGAGUGCAAAAAACUAAAGGUUUUUAUUUAUGUAUCGACGGCGUAUGCAUAUCCUUACGAAAAUGUGUUACAUGAAAAGGCAUACCAGCCCCCUGCUGACCCCGAGACAAUUCUCAAGUCGAUUAAUUUCGAAUUAGAGAACGACUCGGAGCAAAAUUUACACUUGGGACUUUUAGGUGAUUGCCCCAACACUUAUACUUUUACUAAAGCUCUAGCUGAGAAUCUUGUUGUCAAAGAAAUGGAUAAAUUGCCGGCGAUUGUCGUCCGGCCUUCUAUCGUUUGUCCUAUUUGGAGAGAACCUUUUCCUGGUUGGUGUAACACCCUUCAAGGCCCAAUGGGACUAUUUGUGGGAGCUGGUAAAGGCAUAAUUCGAUCCAUGUACAUACGGAAGAACUCUCGGGCCGAUUUUAUACCAGCCGAUGUUGUCAUAAAUGGAAUGUUGGUUGCAGCUUACGUGCAUUCGAAUUUUGACAAAACCCAACGAAUUUACAAUUUUACGGCAUCGUCCAAACACAGUAAAACCUGGGAGGAGAUCAUCGAAUUGGGAAAAUACGUAGUGACCAAAAAAGUACCCUUCAAUGGUAUUGUGUGGUACCCGGGUGGUUCUCUCAAGGAAUCCAAAUUCGUUCACAACUUGUGCUUCUUCUUUUUUCAAAUUAUUCCAGCGUUGCUAAUUGACAUACUUUUGACAAUUUUGGGAUACAAGCCGGUGUUGUACCAGAUACAAAAACGUAUACACAAGGGUUCAGAAAUGUUGGAAUAUUUCACAACUAAAGAAUGGGAAUUCACCAAUGACAAAUCAGCCGGAAUGAAUAAAUAUCUCAACGAUAAAGAAAAAGAAAUUUAUAAAAUCAACGGUGACGGACUUGAUAUUGACGAGUAUUUCACCAAUUGUAUUUUAGGCUUGAGAAGAAAUAAUUUGAAAGAGACUGAUGAUAUGUUACCGGCGGCUAAACGUCAACUGAAAAUUAUGAGAGUUUUGGACGUAAUUUGUAAAACUCUACUUGUGUUGGCAGUACUGUAUUAUUUGAAUAAGUGGAUUUUAGCACCGGUGUUUCGCACACACAGUAAAUAAGCCAUAUAAAAUAGUCAAAUAUAACGAGUGUUUGUUACUUUUAGCGUCUUAGUUGGCGGGGAUUAUGAAUGGAAUACAAUUUUUAAUACGUCCAACGAGAUGUCAUAUGUCACAUUAAUAAUAAUAACUUUUAAUUCAACGCUGAAUUAAAAAAAAAACACUUAUUACAAUUUGGCGUCAAAGCUAUCCAUGAAGUUCGAUUGUAAACGAACCAUCGUAUUGAAAGUUAUUAAUCUGACAUGUGACACCGCCAACUAUGAUUCCAAAUUUAAAUAAACACCCGUUAUAUGGAUAUAUUAUGUAUUUCUGGUUUUAAUAAAAAUGGUUGUUGUUUUAA